AUGUCAAGUAAAAAGUUAUCGCCUAGCGAGGAACUUGAGAAGCAAUAUAGGGAUUAUAAAGCACAAUUUGAGGAAUGGAAACUAAAAAAUCGGGAUUCUGAAGGAACUGAGGCUUAUGUAAAUUAUGUCAAACAAUUCCAUCAAUGGGAAAAAGAUGUUGAAAAAAGACGAGCAACGUUACGGCAGAAGGCAGAAAUUGACAGAAUAUCAGCAGAAAAAGAAGCUGAAAUAUCUAGAAAAGAAACUGAGGAGAAGAGGAGAAAAGAAGAAGCAGCAGCAAAAGCAUAUGCAGAAGAACAAGCACAAUAUAUUUCAAUGCAUCAAAAAGCAAUGCAAGAAGAACAACAAGGAAGGCUUAAACAACAAAAACAAAUAAAAAAUUCUUUUUCUGGAACUAAUUUGGAUUUAAUGGCGUCUCCCGUAACAGAUUUUCAUUCAUCUCCAGUUCAUCAACAACAAAAAUCUUUAAAAGGCGAAAGUAGUAUAGGAAUACCUGAAGAUGAUAAUAAUGCUUCUGAUAUGCUUUCUGCAAUGCAACAAAUGUUUAGUAUAGUUAUGGGGGAUACGGCAAAACUUGCAGCUGCAGCAACAAAAGAAAAAAGUGCCAAUAAUAGUAGCAACAAUUCCCUUUCUGCAAUCCCUGCAGCCCUUCCACCUCCUUCAAAUAUUACUGAAACUUUACAAAAACCUGGAGUUUCUUCUGAUUUGUCUUCACAACCUCCACAACUUUGGGGCAGUGAAGGAGCUUUGUUUUCUGCAGCGGAUCCAAUGUUCCGUCGUUGGAAUGUUCGUGCUGCUCCACCAAAUUUUCGUGUGCCAUACCAACCUCCACCUUCAGGAACGUUAGUCCAACCGGGCUGGCUUUAUUUACGUAAAAUGGAAGAAGCAAAAUUGGCAUUUGCUCCUCCACCCGAUCUUUCUACAGCCCCACCAAUUAUUCAGCAACAACAACAAUUAAUAAAUAUACCUCAAAAUAAUUUACCCCAAAUGGCGGGGCAUCCAAUGCCGCCAGCAGCUACACAUUUAAGCGUUCCACCGCCCGCGAUUAUUCCUCAUCCCCCACAUCAUCCCCACCCUCACCAUUCCCAACAAUUUAAUCAUCAUCAACAAUUCCCUCCUCCACCUCAAUAUUCUAUUUUCCCUCCAAAUAUUCCCUCAUUAUUAAUGGGUGGAAAUAAUUUAUCUAUUCCUCCACCGCAACAUCCAAGCAAUCCUCAGCAACAUCCCCUUCCUCCUCAAGCAAAUUUUCGUCCCUAUUAUAAUUUGCAUUGAAAGCAUUUUUCUAUUGUUUUUGUAUUUCAUAUGAAUUAAUGAAUAUUUUUUAAGAUUUCUCGCAAUUUUAUUCUGCUGUCAAGAUUUUUUUUGUUCGCGUUUUUCCUUAAGAAUUUUUUUAAUGUUAGGCAGUUCUUGAAUUUAUAAUUAAUUAUCGGAUUUCGCUUUCCGUUUGUUCUCAUUUGCAAAAAUUCGUUUUUUUUUGUUUUUUAAAUUAUUUCAGCACAUGCCAAGUCAUAAAUUCAAUCGUCAUUUAUUUUAGAUACAAUCAG